UUUCCACACUGGACAAAUUAUUAGUUGUAUGUUUUACAUAUGGUGCAUGCUGAUUUUGCACAAAUAACUAGGCACGGCCCUAUCAGUGCCCGCAACAUCACUUCCUGUGCAGGCCAGUGCCCGACGGGGUACUACUCCAGUGACGGGUUUAAGCCCUGCCAGCCAUGCCCGCAGGGCUCCUACCAGCCUGACCCGGGCCGAACGCUCUGCUUCCCCUGUGGAGGGGGGCUGAGCACCAAACGGGAAGGGGCCAGCUCCUUCCACGACUGUGAGGCCAAAGUCCAGUGCUCUCCUGGGCAUUACUACAACACCACGGUUCAUCAGUGUAUUCGCUGCCCUCUUGGCACAUACCAGACUGAGUUCCGGCAGAACUACUGCAUCUCCUGCCCUGGCAACACCACUACCGACUUCGAUGGAGCUCACUCUUGCACCUCCCAGUGCAAGAAUAGGGAGUGUGGGGGAGAGAUGGGCGAGUUUACUGGCUAUAUUGAGUCGCCCAACUAUCCAGGAAACUACCCCGCCAACGUGGAAUGCACCUGGAACAUCAACCCCCCGCCAAAACGCAAGAUUCUCAUCGUAGUGCCCGAGAUAUUCCUGCCCUCAGAGGAUGAGUGUGGAGACGUACUGGUCAUGAGGAAGAACUGGUCGGCCAGCUCCAUCACCACGUACGAGACGUGCCAGACGUACGAGCGGCCCAUCGCCUUCACCGCCCGCUCCCGCCGCCUCUGGAUCAACUUCAAAUCCAACGAGGCCAACAGCGCCCGCGGCUUCCAGAUCCCAUACGUCACCUACGACGAGGACUAUGAACAGCUGGUGGAAAACAUUGUGAGGGAUGGAAGACUCUACGCCUCUGAAAAUCACCAAGAAAUCCUCAAGGACAAAAAGUUGAUAAAGACCCUGUUCGAUGUGCUGGCCCACCCACUCAACUACUUCAAAUACACGACCAGGGAGUCCAACGAGAUGCUGCCCCGCUCCUUCAUACGCCUCAUCAGCAGCAAAGUCUCAGAAUUCCUGCGGCCAUACAAGUAGUCCCCGGGUCCGCCCUCCCCCAACGCCACCAGGCCCCGCCCCAUACCUGCAGGGCUCCUAGCAACAAGACAACACGGAACUUUUACUUUCUCCAGCGGCUUUGAAAACAUACUUCACUAUGCAGACUUUCAUGUUUGGCUUUGUUUUUUGUUUUUUUUUCUCCCGCUCCUCCCUCCCUCCAAUCUGCCACUCACAGCAGAGCUUUGCCCAUCAAAAUCACAUCACACGUAGACUCGGUUAGACUUUUGCGUCCCGUAUGAAUAUUUGUGUUUAUAUGUUGUUUGUCUGUUUGUUUUUGUUUUCAUUAUUUUUCCUUCCUGAGAAGAAACCCCCCCACUGAGCAUUUGGCUGCUAUUUGCAGAUGGGUCCACUGUCCCAAUAAUCUCUUAUUACAGUAAUAAGGGAAUAUUAAACAUUUCAAAAGAAAUGUCUUGCUUAGCCAGGGUGAGGGAGAAGCAAAGUGCUUUUCUUUUCAUUGAACAUCUAGGAAUACUUUGCCAACCAAGCAGUGAUGAAUUAUUAUGAAUUAUGAAUAUUAAGAGAUGAAUGUAGUGGCCAUUUGGUAAGCCCUAUGAAUGGGAUCUACACCUGGCAAGUGAGAACAGGCCUCCCUAAAAGAGUGGCUUAUUAUGGAUAUACAGCCACCAGUUUGGGCCCAGCUCCAGCUGUUACCAAAUCCCAACUCAUUUAUCCUUUAAUAAUUUUACAACAUUCUAUGACCUCUACCAUUCUCUCCUGAAGUAGGGUCUUUUUUUCAUUUCAUAGCAUUCAAAGCCAAAUGUUACGAGCUCUUAGAGCAAUUUUCUUAUUAAGAUAUUGCUGUUAAAACAGUUGAUUUUUUGUAUCUGUUCGGUUCGUUUGUGUUGUAUUAUUGUCUGUUGCUUACUUUUAGAACAAUUAUUUUAUAUUCCAAUUAACUAACUUAUCAAAGCGAAAAAAUAUAGGAUUGUUUUUUUUUUGUUUGUUUUUUUUCGAACAUAAAAUGAGAAAAUCUUUGGGAAAAGAAAACAGAGCUGUAUGUGUGGGAGCAGUGCUGUCAUAGCACUCCACACUGUGAAAGAGGCCGAGAGACGUCUUUGCUGCUCGCUCCGAAAGGUCACUUUAAAACUUCGAUCUCGUCUUUUGACCUUGCGUUUUAGCCUCCUUCCCUCAGGAGGACCCCCCCCCCCCCCCCCCCCCCCCUCCUGUUUCUUCACGAGGAAAAAAGCAUCGUUGUUAUGAAAGGCUGCAUUUAAAGUGGCGAUUAAAGGAUAGACCGGAUUCUGGCACACGUACGCAGGUCAGUUAUCGAGGACGGUCAAGCUACGAUCCCAGGACCGUGAUAACGAGUUUAUUUUGCGUGCUGAGAAAGGAAACUCUUUCUAUGGUAAACCGGUUUCGUUGUUUUCAGUGAAUGUUGUAAUUGACGAACGGACUUAGACGAGGGUUGUGCCCGAGGGUUGACUUCCCCGGAGCACGACCCUAAACUACGUACUGCCCUCCUUGCCCCCCUCACUCCCUAAUUCCAAAGACAUAACUUCUCCCCUUCCCUAUAUCUCAAAAAUAGUCUGUCCCGUUAAAGCCAGCUCUUCCAAAGACUGCCCCCCAUGGCAGGACAAAUGAUUAUCUUGUGCACUAGAUCAAGACUUGUCACCCUACCUUUGUUGUAUGUGCAAUGAAUUUAGUCUCCAUAUGUCCUUUUCUGUGCAUAAAAAAACCAAGAACAAUAUUUAAAACUGCCAAAACUGUAUAAUGGAAUGUCUUCAUUUUAUGUUUUGAAAGAAUUUAUUCUUAGGAGUAAUUAUAAGAUAUAGUGACUAGUUUUUGAUUUUGCCUUUUAAAAAAGAAAAGAAAUCUUGCAUCCCUUACACUGAAAUUCACAAAAAAGAUUGAAUAAUCAGCAAUGUAAUGUACAUAAAUGUAUUUCUGAAUCGACACCAGUUAUAUUUUGAGAACGACUCCCUCUGUAAUUGUUUUUGAGAUGCCCUUUGAACAGAACAUUGAUUUCUGUACUUGUUCAGUAUUUGCUUUCUCACUUUCAGGAGUCAGUUAGUACUUUACACCAGAUCGUUGUUUUCAUUGUGAAUACAGAAGAUGUAACUCUGGGUGGUGCACAAGUACAACUACAUCACCAGCCAGUGACCCGUGUAAAUGAUUGGUGGUUCAAAGACAAAAAGAGGCAAGGAUGUUGGACUCCUGGACAGACAUUUCAGUAGAGGCACAGAUGGUUGUCCUUGUCAUGCUCACCCAUUAGCAGAGAAGCUAUAGUAGGAAUGCCAUUGAUGUAUUCUUUUGAAUGUUCAAAAGGCCAACCUUCAAGUUUUCUUGUUGCUUCCAGUAUUUAUAUCUGCUUUGUUUUUGGUUAUUUCUUCCUACAUAUCACCAUUCAACCCACCCCCCUCCCCCCCCCCCCCCAACCCCGUCUCCUGCCUUGACUCCAUCUCCCCACACCUUCUAUUCAUGCCAUUUCCCUGCAAACUCAAAAUAUCCCCCUCAUCCUUUUCUCUCUGAAACUGAACACAUGGAUGUUUUUUUUUUUGGGUUUGUUUUGUUUUUCUUUUGCUUUUUUAAAUAAGAGUUUGCUAUGAUUUAUCAUAGAGUCGAUAAUGGUAUUUGCACUUGAAAAUUGUUAUUGCUCAUGUAAAAAGUGUCUGGAUUUUGUAUUUUGUCUUUUUUUAAAUGAAUGGAAUUGGUGUUCUUAACCUCG